AUGAACGACCUUCUGGAAUCAAUCUUUUCCAUCGGAGUGCUGGACAUCUUUGGCUUUGAGGACUACGAAAACAACAGCUUUGAGCAGUUCUGCAUCAACUUGGCCAACGAGAGGCUCCAGCACUACUUCAAUCAGCACAUCUUUAAGCUUGAGCAGGAGGAGUACAGGGCGGAGGGCAUCAGCUGGCACAACAUUGACUACAUCGACAACACAGGCUGCAUCAACCUCAUCAGUAAGAAGCCCACAGCGCUGCUCCACCUGCUGGAUGAGGAGUCCAACUUCCCCCAGGCCUCUAACCAGACUCUGCUGGACAAGUUCAAGCGGCAGCAUGAGGGCAACGGCUACAUUGAGUUCCCCGCCGUCAUGGAGCCCGCCUUCAUCAUCCGCCACUACGCCGGCAAGGUCAAAUACGGGGUCAAGGACUUCCGGGAGAAGAAUACGGACCAUAUGCGUCCGGACAUCGUGGCCCUACUGAAGAGCAGCAAAAACGCCUUCAUCUGUGGCCUGAUGGGCAUCGACCCCCCAGCCACCUUCCGCUGGGCCGUCCUCAGAGCCUUCUUCAGAGCCAUGGUGGCCUUCAGGGAGUCUGGGAAGAGACACGUACACAGGAAGACUGGUGUGGUCAGGAAGAGUCUACGAACACCGCUGUCGGACCUGCAGGGCAGCAACACGCUCAACGAGAAAUCUCCACGGGAUGGUGUGGGCUGGAAUGGGCGUGGUGGGCGGCAGGGCCGCCUGUCAUCCAGCGGGUCCAACAUGGAAGAGGACGGAGGAAUUUUUGUCAACUCCACCAGCAGCAAGCUCCUGGAGAGAGCCCACGGCAUCCUCAUGAGAAACAAAAACUACAAAUCAAAGCCCAGUCUUCCAAAGCACUUGCUUGACGUCAAGUCCCUAAAGUACCUCAGCAACCUGACGCUGCACGACCGCAUCACCAAGUCCCUCCUCCACCUCCACAAGAAGAAGAAACCACCCAGCAUCAGUGCUCAGUUCCAGGCCUCUCUCAAUAAGCUGAUGGAGACUCUGGGCCAAUCAGAGCCCUACUUUGUCAAAUGCAUCCGUUCCAAUGCAGAGAAGCUGCCCCUGCGCUUCAAUGAUGGCCUGGUGCUCAGGCAGCUACGCUACACGGGUAUGCUGGAGACUGUGCGCAUCCGCCAGUCAGGCUACAGCAUCAAGUACACCUUCCAGGAUUUCGUCCGUCACUUCCGCGUGCUGCUACCCGAGGGCACCAGUGCCACCCAGGAAGGCAUCGGACAGUACCUGGGCCAGGUGGACCUUGCACCCAAUGGAUACCAAGUUGGCAAAACCAUGGUGUUCCUGCGGGAGGUGGAGCGUCAGCAGCUGCAGGCGUUGCUCCACAGGGAGGUCCUGAACCGUAUCGUCACGCUGCAGCGCCGCUUCAGGGCCCUGCUGGAGAGGAAACACUUCAUCAGUAUGAGACUGGCUGCUACAACCAUCCAGAAAUGGUGGCGUGCCUACCAGUCCAAGCAGGAGGAUGACUACGACCCAAGCAUCCAGGAGGGGGCAGCCUUGUGCAUCCAGACAGCUUGGCGGGGGUACAAGGAGCGCUGGAGGUUCGGGCUGUGGCGGGAGGCGGCCCUGCUGCUGCAGAGGGAGUGGAGGGCGUUGCUGAAGCGGCGAGAACGGGAGGGGGCGGCACUCGCCAUCCAGACAGCCUGGCGCUGCCACAUGGCCAGAGAGGCCUACCUGCGACUGCGUAGCACCAUGGCGCUGCUACAGGCAGCGGGCAAAGGCUACCUGGCCAGACAAAGCUUCGGGCAUUUGAAGGAGCAGAGACUGAGGGAGAAAGAGCAGAGGCUGAGGGAGAGAGAGAGUCAACAACAGCAGCAGCUGCUGCAGAAUGGACAGAUGCGCCUCUCGCCAGAAGAAGACGAUCAGCCAGUGAGGAUCAUGGGCCUGGACCUGAGCACAUGGGAGGACCGCUCAUACAAGGAGCGGGAAAGGAGCAUCCAGAGACUGAACAGCCAGGAGGAGAGGGUAAAAGAGGGACGAGGUGUAGAAAUAGGAGGUGAGGGAGGAGUGGCGAGGGCCGCAGAGAGCUCAGGUAGGGCCCAGUCGGAACCACCGCCAGUUUCGUCGACAGCCACUGUGGUGGUGAGAGAGAGGACCAGGACCCUGGACGAACCCUGCCAGAAGACCACCAGGGCCAAGAGGGAGAGCCGGAGGAUGAGGGAGCUGGAGCAGGCCAAGUUCAGCCUGGAGCUGCUCAAGGUGCGGGCCACGGGCAGUGGUGGAGCCUCGUCCCCCUCUGAAGAGAGGCGCUGGUCGGCCGAGCUGACCCCCACCACCACCCCGCCUCGCCGCUCCCCCCAGGGACCCGGAACCCCCGACAGCCAGAGCUCCAAGGGCAGCUUCGAGCUACUCAGCAUGGAUGACGAGAUACUCAGGGAGAGGGCACCUUUGGCGGAUGAGGAGGAGCUUGGUUCCCCCCUCUCUUCUGAAGUGCAGCUGGAGCAGGCCCCGGAUGUCAGCCUCGUGUCGAAGGAGUCUCCCAGGGCUUCUGUGUCCGAUGCCGCCUCCCCACCUCCAGACAGUCAGAGUCAGGCUAAGCUAGAACCGGCUGCCGCCUCUCCACCUCCGCCCAAGAUAGAGAACUACCUCCCUACCUUUUACGUUCCGUCAACUGAUGGCAGCUUGAUCAUCACCCAUCGUCUUAGCGAUGACUCCUCGCGACCCCUCGAGGCCGAUACCACUAGUACCACCAUCGUCACCAAGCCGCUCAAGUCAAUCAAACAAAGGCGGGAAUCGUCACGGCGACCCGUGGUUGUGGUCAUCAGCAUGCAGAAGGAAACCCCCCUGGAUCAGGAGGAGCUCGGUGGUGCCAUCAUUCGUCUUCCCCCUGUAGAGGUUCGUGACGGGUCGGCACAAACCGGCGAAUCCCCUUCAUCGCCACGGCUACCAGUCCCUGCACCUGUUCCACCACUAGAUCCCGCCCCAGUCAUCCCUAUCUCUGCCCCCACCCCUGUCCCGGCUGCCAACCAGUUGGUCCUGGAGAAGCUGGAGCGACUGAACGAGGAAAAGGAGGAGAGGCAGCGGCACCUGCAGCAGCAGAACGAGCGGGAGAUGAUGGACCAGAUCCGGAAGCAGAAGGAGGUUCUGGAGAGACAGCGGCACCACUUCGCCCAGCACGAGAGGGAACUGUUGGAGAAGCAGAGGGGUGAGGCCCUGGUCAGGAUCCAGCAGAGCCGGCAGGGAGGGCCCCCCCAAGACAGGAGUGCAACCACAGCUACCUCUACCAGGCCCCUUAGACCCAGCUCCCUUCUCAUCGAGAGAGCCCCGGCUCUGGCUCCACCCUCCAGGACCCAGUCUGUGUCCGCUGCCCACGCAUACCUCUCUCCUCCUGGGCCGAUGGACACCCAGAGUGUCCCCAUGCCCCAUCCUGAGCCCAACAAGGCCCAGCCCAACAAGGCCCAGCCCAACAAGGCCCAGCCCAACAAGGCCCAGCCCAACCAGGCCCGGCUCCCUCCACCUCCCUCAGCCCCCAAAACAAAGACCAGGGAUGGGAGACCCAUUGCGGAUGGCUGGGCGCCGAAUUUGACCCUGGAGUCCAGAGAGGGCGGGGGAGGAGGAGCCAGAGGGAGGGUUCCCAAGAAGGUCCCAGCUAAUCAGGGCACCAGCAUCAGCAUGACUGACAUGUCGGAAAACAUCUUCUUUGCGCCCAAAGACAGAGUGGCGUUCUCUAAGUUUGACAAGGAGAAGCCUGUCAAUCAACUGCCUGUAGCAGUCCCAAAAGUGGGCCCCUCAAGCACCAAGCCCACCAUAGGACUGAAAACACAGGAGGUCAGCAGGGCGGGCCACAGAAAGAAAGCCCGCAUGGCACGGACACGCUCUGACUUUCUGACCCGCACACCGACCUCCUCGCUGGGGUGCGAGUCGGAGGAGGACGAGUACGACGGAAAGCCCCCCCUCUCCUCCCCUCCCCCCUACGCCACAACCAUCCCUAAACAGGAGUCCUUUGAGUGUUUCAGUGACUCAGAGAUGCCUUCCACCAGCUCUGAGGAACAGAAGAAGAUACAGAAGGCCAUGUCAUCUGGAGAUCUGGCCAAAGUUGACACGAUACGCAAGAACGCCCAGUCAGAUGGAAGGGUUCGUGGUAAGAUGCGUUUCUGGGGCAAGACGAAGCAGGGUGAGAAGAAGUCGUCCAGAGAGAAGCUGUUCUGUGGAGGUGACUCCAUGGAUGCAGAUGACGGAGACACGGGGCCACUGCUGGGAGAAGGACAGGAUUACAUGUCACCGCCUCGUAGUCCAGACCUGACCCUGGAGCGGGGGGCCAAGGAGUUCAAGGAGAACAAGGAGCCCUCACCAAAAGUGAAGAGGCGGCGUAGCGUCAAGAUUAGCAGUGUCACCCUAGAGCCUGCCCAGUGGGGGAAUGAUGCGCUGCAGAUCCUCACCUGCACCAACGACUACAGGAGCAUGAACGACUUCCUCAUGAAGAAGAUCAGUGACCUGGUGGCUGAGGACGGCGGUAAGAAAGACACAAUGGUGGACGUGGUGUUUAAAAAGGCCUUGAAGGAGUUCCGCCUCAAUAUCUUCAACUCCUACUCUACUGCUCUAGCGAUGGAUGAUGGGAAGAGUAUCCGCUAUAAGGACCUGUACGCCCUGUUCGAGCAGAUCCUGGAGAAGACCAUGCGCUUGGAGCAGAGGGACUGGAGCGAGUCACCCGUCAAGGUCUGGGUCAACACCUUCAAGAUCUUUCUGGAUGAGUUCAUGACUGAGUACAAGCCCAUGGACAGCACCAUCAGCAAGCAGGUCCCCAAAACCGAGCGAAAAAAGAGGAGGAAAAAGGAUGCAGAUAUUGUAGAGGAACACAAUGGCCACAUCUUCAAGGCCACCCAGUACAGUAUCCCCACCUACUGCGAGUACUGCUCCUCUCUCAUCUGGAUGAUGGACAGGGCCUGCGUCUGCAAAUUGUGUCGCUACGCCUGCCACAGAAAGUGCUGCCUGAAGUUGACCACCAAAUGCAGCAAAAAGUACGACCCAGAGCUGUCGUCCAGGCAAUUUGGGGUGGAGGUGUCCCGUCUGACCAACGAGGAGAGGACAGUGCCCCUGGUGGUGGAGAAGCUCAUCAACUACAUUGAGAUGCACGGCCUCUACACCGAGGGCAUCUACAGGAAGUCUGGCUCGACCAAUAAGAUCAAAGAGCUCAAGCAGGGACUGGACACAGACGUGAACAACAUGAACCUGGAUGACUACAACAUCCACGUUAUCGCUAGUGUCUUCAAGCAGUGGCUCCGGGACUUACCCAAUCCGCUUAUGACCUUUGAACUAUACGAGGAGUUCCUCCGCGCCAUGUGCCUGCAGGACAAGAAGGAGGUGAUUCGAGGGGUCUACUCUAUUAUCGACCAGCUCAGUAGAACUCACCUCAACACUCUGGAACGGCUCUUCUUCCACCUAGUUAGGAUCGCAGGGCAGGAGGACACCAACCGUAUGUCGGCCAACGCCCUGGCCAUUGUCUUCGCCCCCUGCAUCCUCCGCUGCCCCGACACCAUCGACCCCCUGCAGAGUGUCCAGGACAUCGGCAAGACCACAGCGUGUGUGGAGCUCAUCAUCGGAGAGCAGAUGAAUAAGUACUGCGCCCGGCUGAAGGACAUCAACAGUCUGGAGUUUGCCGAGAACAAAGCCAAGUGCAGGUUGACCCUCAUUCGGAGAUCAAUGGGCAAGGGCCACGUACGGCGGUUCAGCUACCACACGCCCUCGCCCCCGGUUAGCCCACGCCUGCCGUCCGUGACGGGUGCAGUAAUGCAGGAGAGCGGCGGUGAGGAGGUGGGGGCGGGGCUGGAGCCUGAGGUAUCGGAGCACCAGCAGUUGGCCAUGCAGCAGGAGGAGAGGGUGCUGACGGAGCAGAUCGAGAGCCUGCAGAAAGAGAAGGAGGAGCUAACCUUUGAGAUGCUGACUUUGGAGCAGCGAGCAUCAGACGAUGAGACCCUGGAGUCGGAGGCGUCCAUCGGCACAGCCGACAGCUCUGAGAACCUCAACGUGGACUCUGAAGGAGCCACCUCCGACUUCUCGGGUCCCUCAGAGAGAGAACCCACGCUGGCCCCCGUCGCCCGAACCAAGAGGUCGGAGGGGAAGAGCCACCGACGCCGCAACCUACGCAGGCAACCAGAUUCCCAGGAUUCAGUGGACUCCUGUUCCACCAUCUCCUCCCUCUCCUCCUCCUCCCACUUCCACCCGUCCUCUUCCUCCUCUGUGGCCACAGCUCGCCACUUUCGCUACCGCUCCAAGUCACCCUCUUCUGGCUCUGGCUCUGCCCAGGGCUUGUACCUGACCCAGCCUCCCCGCCGCGACAGCAUGGACUGUCCCCCCCCGGCCAAACAGGAGGGGGCGUUCGAAGAGAGGUCACAGUUCACCAGCCGAGGCACCUUCAACCCAGAAAAGGGCAAACAGAAACUGAAAGGAUCCAAGAACUCUCCCUUGAGGCACUCCCAUGACAGUGGGGGCCGCAGCAGGGAUCCGCCUGACUUACCCCAGCAGCGGGUGUUGUACGGCAGCAAUGAGUUCAUGGUAUGAAGGACAGUGGGAACACCUCCUUCGUCACAGCCCACUCUCCCUAAGAGCAUGCGAUCUGACCCCCUUCCUCAAACACUCCAGCUCACCCUUUCUCAGUCCACGUCCGCAACGAUGCAGCACUGUCCCCCCAAGUGCCAUGUACACACAGUACUGUGUACAGUACACCUCAAAGAGACAGGAGAGGGACAUGCUGGGAGUGGGAGAGGAGGAACCAGUAGAAGGGUUGAUCUCCUGUGGCCUUAACUGCCAACCACACUCCCCAUGGUCCCUCUGCAGGUCUGGGUCUCCCUCAGCCCAGGGGAGAGGGGACGUGUGGAGCAGGAAGGCAGAGAAAAGGGAAUGCUGGGACACUGGGAGAGGACUACUCAGCAUCCGGGAGAUCUCCCGAGCUGACGUCCCGAUGCAAACUAGGAGGUGGAACGAAAAAAA